AUGUCCAGGGACAGUCAAUCCAGCUUUUCUUCCCGAACGGGCAAUUCUCCGAAUCCGUUUCAUCUCGAGUUGACGACGAAGGGACGAAAGAGGAAAAGGUUGGCAAAGGCUUGUUCGGCUUGCCACAAGAACAAGAGAAGAUGUGACGGAUUCGCGCCGUGCAGCAACUGCGAAUUUUCAUCUCGGGUCUGUUCGUAUCUUAAUGCCGCGGGAGAAGCCAUCCCUCCUCCUCGGACUCGCGAUGCCAUGCAAGUUGACAAGUCGGAAUCUCCCGAUGACAAGAAACCCACGGACGAUGACACGAACAGGCCGGACAUGGCCGAUCCCUCACUCGCUCCACACGGGUCUGCCCAAGCACCUCGACGCUCGAUCGACCUGACCUGGGCGGUCGAAAGGGAGUCUCAGAGAGAGUGGUAUCUCUCGGUCGUCGAGCGUAUCGACGCGGAUGACAUCUUGGUCGAAGAGAUGUGUCAUCAAUUCUUCGCCAGGGUGCACCCUUACCAGCUCAUGUUCCACCAACCUACCUUUGCCUACCGACGUUACCUCGACCGGGUCCCGUCUGCGCUCUUGCAUAUCAUUUACGCAUUCGCCGUGCGUUUCAUGCACCACUCGAUCUUCGUUCCGCCUUCCAUCUCGGAAUCGAACGCCCACUUUCCCGCACAUGCGCGAGGCGAAGUGUUAGCGAGUCGCGCUAAACAAGAGGCCAACGCCUGGUUGAGGGCGUCCGGAAUCGCCAAGGGAGACGAUCUGAUGGAGGGGAUCAACAAGCGCAGGAACGACCCCGCCUACAAAUUGACCUGGACCGACACCGAGAUGAUCCAGGCUAUCUGUCUGAUCGGGCUGUAUGAACAGAGUAUGGGGAGGCCGCACAAGUCUGUUCAGUACCUGGACAUCGCGAUUGAGCUAGCUCGACCUAGGAAUGGGGAACCGAAUAACCUCGCAAUCGAGGAUGAAGUUGUAUCGGACGAACAGAGAACCGCCACUCUGGUAGAAUGCCGCUCACGCACGCUGUGGAUGCUCUACCUGGCGGAUGUUUCAGCGUCGGCUGACGGUCGGGCCAGACGUCUAACUGACGCCGAGCUUACUUCGACGCCCUUGCCUGGAAGCGAAUCCUUGUGGCAUCGCUCAGGGGGUUAUACGGCGACGAAGCCAAAGGCAAUGUUCGGAGCGGAUGUUCCCUUGGAUAAAUACGAUGUCGGCGAAUUCGGUCAUGUCGUCAGGAUUUUGUCGGUCUUCUCUCGAAUCAUGGAACUCUCCAACCGUUGCUCAAGCGGGAAGCUCCCGCACGUCUCUCCGGACGACCUGUCAUACUCUUUGAGGAAUUGGGCCUGCUCUCUCCCACCGCACUUGCGUUUCGACGAGGUCAACUUUGUCGGCAGCUUGAACAAACUGGCUUCGCCCGUCGCAUGGAUGUCGGCCACCGGGUUCUGUUUUGCGCUCUCACACUCCCUGGCCGAGUCGAGCCAGUUUUACCUGCAAUCUAUAGCGGCUCAAUCCGGAGACGUUGAUGCUGGUAUGACGGCCAGACGACAAUCACAAGCGGUGGAUAACCUGGCUGUGAUUCUGGAUACGAUCGGAGACAUCGGAAGACACUCGCCGCAGAUGUUCUUUCCUCUGCACAUAGUAUCCAAUUGGAUCACGCACACCGCCUCGUCCUUAGCCCCCGGUGCAAGCCCUUCUGCGGCCCACCAACAGACCGAGAUGCGGUUGAAACAGUGGUACGGGGACCUGUUUGCAAUAUGGGGCACUCAGCGGCGUCCAAUCCCUCCAAGGCCAGUCGCGCCGGAGGUUCCU